UAAAGCCAAUGUUAUUUCCCUUACAGCUAUCAGUAUAGUCAAGUUGUGAAGUGUCUAUAGUCCCAGUAUGAGUAAGAAGACAAUCAUUAUCACAGGAGCCAAUACAGGCAUUGGGUUUGCAGCAGCCAGAAUCCUGGGUAGAUCAGGAGACAAGUAUACAGUGAUCUUAGCCUGUAGAUCUGAGGAGAGAGGACAGGAGGCUGUGAGGACCAUCAAAGAGGAAAGCCCCAAUGCAGAUGUGGUCUACAUGAAUUUGGACCUGUCAAGUAUGGCAUCUGUUCACAAAUUUGUGGAGAAUUUUCAUGCCAGCGGACGCAGGCUUCAUGUUCUAUGUAACAAUGCAGGAAUGAAUGUGGGCAACACUUCCAACACACCACAGAUUACCCAGGAUGGCUUUGAAGUUACCAUGGCAACAAAUCAUCUGGGUAAGUUACCAUGGGAACAAAUCUGGGUGAGUUACUAUGGUAUCAGAUUAUUUAGUAAGUUACCAUGGGAACUAAUUUGGGUAAAUUUCAAAGAAAUCAUACUGGGUAAGUUACAAUUGUAUGAUGGAAACAGAUAAUUUGGGUGAAUUACAAAGUUUUUUUCUGUUUGUAAGUGAUUUUCAGCUUCAUGAAAAUUUCAUGGUGUUCUCAUAAAUGAUUUUACAAUAUGCAUAUUCACGUUUGUUUCUUCAGUCACAAUGUUCACCUAGCAUUUACAUUUUCCAUUUUUUCAAAUAUGAGUUUCUGUGUUUUUUUUUCUUUUCAUCUUAAUCCUAAAGGUUUUUUGCUAUUGUUGAAUAAUUGCCGUCAAACAAAUAUUCAAUCUCCAGAUGUCAAACUUUAAAGAUCAAUGCACAUGAAUCUUUGAGCUCCUCUGAAAAUAGUCUACAUGUAUAACCAUUACAUUUUAGUGCUCAGAUAAUAUAUGUGUGAGCUAAUAGAUUUUUUCCUCUGGGUACCUACUGUUGGUAGAUGGAGAAAUUGUAGAAAAAGUGAGUAAUUUUAAGCUACUAGGAGUAACUCUGACCUCUGAUCUCAAGUGGACAGGACAUGUGCAGUUAAUUUAUUCCAAGUCUUGUGCCAAGCUUUUUUUUAUCUCAGGCAGUUGAAAAGGGCAAAUCUGCCCACUGAGGAUCUAAUAGUUAUAUAUCAAUCAAUAAUUAGAUCAGUCCUAGAAUAUGCAUGCCCUGUGUGGGGGCCUGGUCUUACAGCCGAACAAUGUGAAUGCUUAGAAUCUGUUCAAAAGAGAGCUCUUAGAAUUAUUUACCCAUUUUAUACCUACAAGUUUACCCUACAGGCUAGUAAUCUCACCUCUCUGAGGGAGAGAAGAGACGUUUUAUUUAAGAGCUAUUUUACAAAAAUCAAGAAUUUUAAUAAGUUACACCAUCAGUUUAAAGAAAAGAAUCCAAGAAGUCUCAGGGUCAGCAAUAAAUUUUUAAUGCCAAGAGUGAAAACGGAGCGUUAUAAAUCAUCCUUUAUA